AUGACGUUGUCCUGCUAUGACAUGUUCUGCGUGAAUUUCGCCAAGGCGCUAUGCACUGAAGCGUACGACAUGCAGAUCAGCGAGGCGGCGGCGUUGGGGGGCGGAGGGGGAUCGCCCGCCCCCGGCGCCGAGCCGUGCCGCUUCCCCAAGCUCGAGGAGUGCGCGCACUUUCACUACGAGCGCGUGCAGCUGCCGCAGCUCGGCAUCUCGCUGCAGACCAGCAUGGACCAGUCGCUGCAUUCGCAACACACGACAGAAGACAGCGACGUGGAAUGGUUCGUGGUGCAGGUGACGUCGGGCGAUGCCUGCUGGAUCGUCCAGCGCAGCUUCGACAAUUUCCGCAUGCUCGACGACCAGCUGCACCAGUGCAUCUUCGACAGGAAGAUAUCGCAGCUGCAAGACCUGGCCGAAGUCUCUCCGAACGAUGAUGAUCUCGAGGAGAAGCUGAUCUUGUACCUGGCACACCUCAGCCUGAUCGCCGACAACUCGGUGAACUGCGGGCCGGUGCUGAACUGGCUGCAGAUGGACAACAGAGGGCGUCGGCUGUUGGUGCCCAGCGAGGAGAGCCGGUCCAUCAACACGCCCGCAGUGGCGGCCGCCUACAGCGUCAGGAGAUACGUCUCGCAGGCUCGAGACGAACUCAACCUUGAAGUCGGCGACAUGAUCUCCGUCAUCGACAUGGCCAGUCCGGGCGAGUCCAUGUGGUGGCGCGGCAAAAGGGGCUUCCAGGUGGGCUUCUUCCCGCAACACUGCGUCCACAUCAUAGGAGACAAGGUGCCGAGAAACAUGCCGCUGCCGCCGCCCGUGGUGGGGUCGUUAGCUCUAGCGCCGAUCAAACCGGUGUUGAGGAAGCACGGCAAACUGAUCGCGUUCUUUAGGAGUUUUAUUUUGAACAGGCCGUCGAGGCGCCGGCUGAAGCAGAGCGGUAUCCUGAAGGAGCGCGUGUUCGGGUGCGAUCUGGGCGAGCAUCUGUUGAAUUCGGGCAACGACGUGCCCAUGGUGCUCAAGUGCUGCGCCGAGUUCAUCGAGUCGAAGGGGAUUGUCGACGGGAUAUACAGGCUUUCUGGUGUAACAUCCAACAUUCAGAAGCUGAGAAAUGCUUUUGACGAAGACAGAAUUCCAAACCUGUAUACAGAAGACAUCAUACAGGAUAUCCACUCUGUCGCUUCAUUGUUGAAAAUGUACUUCAGGGAGCUACCCAACCCUUUGUGUACAUACCAGCUCUACCAAAAUUUUGUUAACGCCGUUCAGGGAUGCAGCACGGCGAUCAGAAAUUCGGAAACAGAUCACGAGAGGCUGCUCAAAAUGAGGGAAGCAGUGCAAAAAUUACCGCCUCCGCAUUACAGGACAUUAGAAUGCCUCAUGAGACACUUGGCCCGAGUUGCUAAACACGGCCAGAGAACAGGCAUGACUACCAGAAAUGUCGCCAUCGUUUGGGCCCCGAAUUUGUUGAGGUGCGAGGCUCUCGAAGUCGGAGGUGUAGCUGCUCUUCAAGGGGUAGGGGUACAGGCAGUAGUGACCGAGUUCCUGAUCUGCUAUGCCGACCUCAUAUUCUGCGACCACCUCCCCAACUUGGACCAUCCCUCUGCGAACGAGAGCCUGUUGAUGAAGAAGUGCAGGCCCAAUAGCCUGGCCAUUUCGACGCCUACAAAACUGAUAACUCUAGAAGAGGCUAGAAGCAAACAUUUGCCGCACAAAGUGGAAGAAUGCAAUUACAUCGAAGUUGGCGGAGGACCUGACAGUUUGCCUAAGAAGUAUCAUACAAUCAUUGAUUUGCCACCAGGUACAAGGAAAAGGGGCCAUACAAAGAGGUCUCCACUGGGAUGGCGAUUAUUCUUCUCCAAAUCCAGAAACUCUUCCCAGGGAAACCUGAUGAAAAACAGAAAAUCUUCCACUCCCAUAACAAUAAACGAGAAAUCUGUAACCGAAUCUGACCUGACGGACAUGAAGCGGAAAUUGCGUUCCGUCAAAUCGGCGGAGAGUUUGACAUCCGGCCAUUCGGAACCAGCAAGUUCGGAAGACGUUCUCGGACCAUUAUAUUCAUUGACUAAGCCUCCAGGCCAUAAUAGGUCUGUUUCACACGAUUCGUAUUUCGACGUGUUACAAAGCUCGCAAAAUAAUUCCGAAGGUUCUCUAUUGGACUUGAGCGAGAUACAGUUGAACUUCGACUUGGAAGAAUCGGAAAUGAGGAUAUUCUCUGAAGACGAGAGCUUGGUUAGCUCACCAAGGAUUCAAAAAGAGACACAAAGGAGAAUCCUGACCAGAGCUAGACCCGAAGAAUACAACAGCGCAACCAACUCCGUCAACCCCUCGCCGAAAAAACAACCGCGCGUCGUCCUCUCCCCCGAAUCUCAGUCCCGCAAGAGAACAAGGCUCGAAGACCAACUCUCCGACAUCCAAUACAUAGACUGUAACACCCCUGACAACGUAGUAUCCACCACGGCUGUGAUCCACCCUUUCCCCGAGAGCCCAGUACAAAAAAACAGUGAGCUAUUCGAGUCGUACCAACCCAAGAAUAAAUCGCCCAGGAACUCGGAUAAUCUGGAUAAGAGGCAAUCGUUGAAUCUGGAAGCUAGUGCCAAACCGGCUAUCCCGAAAUCUCUCACCGAACUGGAUAUAAAUCAGAAAUAUCUGGGGGCCAACAGCCUCCUGACAACUCCUACCCCCGGUUCUCCUGGGUAUAAACAGCUGGGGGAGAGCAGCACCAAUACAACAACAACACCAUCUCCCACAGAAACCCGCUUGGAAAAGAUCGACAGCAAACAGGACUCUCCCAACUACGAGAACGUACUAAUGACAAUUAGCAUCACCUACAGAUCCCCCACCCAAAGCAACGCCACCUCGCCUGUCAAAACCCCAGUGACGAACAUCUACGAGAACGUCAUCCUCAACCCGGAAAAGGUCAGCAUACCGACCUCCACCGCUUCUCUACCGAUCCAAGAAGCCAGCCAACCCACCUUGUCGCCCGGCGAAGACCGCCACCAAUCCCAAUCCGGGGAACGACCGAAAAGCUUGAGCGCCUUGGAAGACCUGGCCUCCAGCAAAGACUCCACGAUCAAGGCGAACAUGAGCUCGGGAGCGAUCUGCAAUAGCGAACAGUCUCUGGGCAGCCUAAACGACCAGAAAACGUUCAGCUCGAACCAGUCCUCGAACUCGAACAUCCAGUACACGCCUAGCGUCAGCUCGGCCCCCUACCACUACAUCGAGAAUUCCGAGCGCCUCACCCCGACCGACCUCAGCCUGAGCGAGGUGGUCGAAGGCUCGACUGACGAUUUGGCGACCAGCCAAACGUCGCUGAGCUUCCCGGCUAGUCCGUCGAAGAACAGCGACAGUCCCAAUGUUAGUCCCACUCAAGUGUACGACUGCUUCUCCUGCGACGCUUUGACGGAGACGAGGAACACCAGCGAGGGCUUGAGCUUGGAGAAUUUGACGACAGAUGGCGAGAGUUGGCAUGGCGAUGGUGUGAAUAGUCCGGUGGACGGUCGACUGAUGAACAACGACAAACGGAAAUCGGAGGAGACGGAGUGUCUGACCGAUGCGGCCGUCUAUCAGCAGGUGAAGUACUUCAGGAGGUCCAUCCAUGAGGUGAACGCCAUGCUCGAAUUGGAGAACGGCGUAGCUACGUUGCAUGAUGGCAACGGUGACGGAGAGAAUGUGUACGAAGAUGUGAUGGUGCGAGGUGAUGAUGAGGAAGUGAAUCAUGACUGUGAUCAAGAAGCAAUCGAAACGAUACAAGAAGCGCAAACCAAAAAUGUAACUAUAGAAGAUAAUUACGAUUCUUUGGAAAUAGAGAAUCCCCAUAUUUACGAAAACAUUGAAGAUGACAAUGUCGUAGUGACGACAAUCUACGAAAACGUCGAUAUCGACAGAGACAAGACUGAAUGCACGACAUCACCAGCCGUAGAUAUAAACAGGGUGGACGGAACCGACCCCUCUACAGGUCCCAACUCACAAACACUAACUGUAACCGAAGAAGCAUCACCGUCACCCGCAGAAGCUGAAAACUCCCUUUCCAGCGCGAACGGAAACUGUACCAACAACAACAACGGCCUCAGGCUGAAGAAGUUCUACGAGAAAGACAGCCUGCCUCCCUGUUUGCGUGCCAGGAACCAGAAGCACCGUCUGAAAACUCGAUCGCUGGACGAGGAGGAAUUCGAAAAGGAGUUCGGGAGUUUGGACAGGACAAGGACGUCGUUCGAGGAGAGCAUCGGCUACAAGACGAAUUCGCUGCCGAAAACGCUGAACCCGCCCAAGGUUGUGCCUCGGGACGACGGGCAGCUGAGAUCGAUACAUUUGGCGCACAGCGCGGAGAACAUCAAGGGGAAUCUCAGCGAGGAGGAGGAGCAGAAGAAGCGGGAGAGGAUAGAAAAGUACAAAGAAGAGAGGCGGAAAAUAUUGCAGGAUAAAUAUAGGUCGGAAUCCUUCAAAGAAAACAAGGAAGUCCUUCUUACGCGCCUCAGAAUAUUCAAACAAAAAGACGAACUGAUCGAAGAACCCAAACCGAUCGAAACCAGUCGAAUCCAUCGCCGUAGCUCUCGAAGCGAAGACGAAUCCCCCCAGAAACAAGACGAUUUCCCCCACAAACCAGACGAUUUGUCUCACAAACCAGACGAAUCUCCCCACAAACCAGACGAAUCCCUGAAGAAGGACGAAUCGUCGAAGCCGAAACUAACCUCCAAAGAAGACCUCGAGUCGAGCAAAAACCAACCGAAGCCAAUGAGAGACAGCUUGAAGUCGCGUGCCGCCAUCUUCGAGCAGAACAGUAAGAUGGCGCCACCUAGCGGCCUCAUCGUCAACAAGAACAGACCGUCGUCCAGGCAAGACAAGUCGGCGGGGUUCGUUAGGAUAGAGGAUAAGGAGGGGAUGGACGAUUUGCGGGAUUUGGAUUUUAUUAGGAACAAGAGGAGGGACGGUGAUUUUUCGAAGGAGGAAAGGAGGCGGCACACUUUCGAUACGAGGGACCGAGAAACGGAGGCGGAAAGGUUGAGGAGGAUCAGUUUAGAAAGCAGAAGUCCGCGGAAGGAGAAAACCUCGCCCACGUACUGCAUUAAGGACAUGAAAGCAAUCUUCGAAUCAAAAUCUAAACAAUAA